AUGUUUGGGGAUAUGUUGUUAACCCCUCAGCAACUUUCUCGUUACAUCGAAAAUGGAAGUCUUUUGGUGAGAGGAGUCUCAAGAAAAGAAUCACCGCAUAAUCGCUGGAAAGAUAAUUUGGUUCCCUUUGCGAUUUCACCACAAUACACCUCGGCACAAAAGCAAAUGAUCCGAACAUCAUUGAAAUCAAUGGAAGCAAUCUCGUGUUUCCGCUUUUCUGAGAGAAUCUAUCAAAAGGAUUAUGUUUUCAUUGUUCCACUUGAUGGAUGUUAUUCAUAUGUCGGGAGAAUUGGCGGUGGUCAAUUGAUGUCUCUUGCUCCAGAAUGCUUAGCUGAUUUCAUUAUUUGGCAUGAAAUGAUGCACGCAAUCGGCUUUGAACACGAACAUCAACGGCCUGAUAGAGAUACUCAUCUCACUGUGAAAUAUGAGAAUGUGAUACCCGCACAAAUGACGAACUUUGAGAAAAUUCGAGCCCAAGAAGUCGAUUAUCCCGAUCAAUAUGAUUACAAGUCUCUAAUGCAUUAUGAUUCGUAUGCUUUCGGAAAAAUGGACAAAAAGAAACAAGUUCGAUUGGCGACAAUGGUUCCGAAAAAGGCUGGAGUUUAUUUGGGUGAUAAUAUGAAGUUCUCCGAGACGGAUAUCCGAAAAUUGAAUCGUUUGGGGAAGUGUUCUCCGUUUAAAGUCACAAGAUCCCCGACAGCCACGACAACAAACGGAGAACUUUGCUAUGAUCGAUUGAAAAAUUGCGAGGAUUUUGUGGAAGCUGGCAAAUGCAUCUCUCCAGGCUACAAAUCCCUAAUGGAAACAUACUGUGCGAAGAGCUGCGAAUUCUGUAAAGAAAACGCGGUGACUCCCACAAAAUGGGAGAUGACAACAUUGAGGCCGAAUACCCCAAAAAUUGUGAAUCCAAUUCUGAAAGAAGAAAGAAAGCCAUUUGAUGAGAAGAAAAACUCGGUAGAGAUUGGAAUGGAUUGCACGGAUUUGAAGCAAACCUGUCCUCUUUUUGCCGAUUCAUGUGAUAAUCCAGCAUACAAAGCUCUCCUCAAGAAACAUUGCCCCUUCACUUGUGGAUAUUGUCAA